AUGGAUUCACCUAAUUUAAUCGUCUUAAAUACUGAACUGCCAAUAAUGGGACCUUAGCUUUCUCCAAGAUCUUCCUAUAUCAAAUAUGUUAAGAAUUGUUCAUCUUCAUACAUUUAACAAGAAAGCGAAAGAAACGAAGAUGAAAUGUUCAGUCCAAAUUUAAGUGAUAAUCACUAGGAACAGAAAUUAAUUAAUUUGGAAUCUAGUAGAAGAAUAUCAAAAAAGUUAGAAACAUUUAAAUUUACUUAGAUAGCAAAAUAAAACAAAAUUAUAGAGAAAUUCAAAAACAAUCUGUUAUAAUUUUCGUACAUAAUGCCAUAGAAAUUUAAAACAAAGUUAUUAUCAAUUGAAAAUUAUUUGCAGAAAGACAAACUGAAAAAAACAUCAAGUAUUAAGUCCAAAUAAUUUAUAGCUUAGAUCACCGGCAAGAAUUAAAAUAAUAUUAUUUCUCCCUCUAAUAUAUUGUUAUUUUAUUGGGAAAUUUUCAAUAUUCUUAUACAAUUCAUUUCUCUCUGGAUUUGUGCUCUCAUUGUAUCGUUUUCAAAUUCAUAAGAAGUUAACUUUCAAUUCUUUGGUUGUUUAUUUAUUAGCAUAAACAUUAUAGAGAUGAUUAUCACAAUAAAUAAAGAAAUAUAUAUAGAAGGUUAAAUCAUUAAUACUCGAAAUGAUAUUCUUGUUAAUUACUUAACUAAAUCAUCCUAUUUGGAUGUCUGCUCAAUAUUUAUCUGGAUUAUGAUAUCCUUUAGAAUGAUUGAAUAGAAUAGCAUAGUGCAAGUGUUUGCAAUCCUUCUUUUGAUAAUUAUAUUUGCCAGAAUCUUUCGUGUAUAUGAUUACAUAGUGGAAUAGCUAUAUUAAAAAGGGUUUGGUGGUUAUGCUUUUGAUCUGUUAACUCUAGUUGUAAGCAUCUACUUCUUUGCUCAUAUAAUGGCUUGUUUAUGGCUGAUGGUUGGAUUGAAUUCAAGUGGGGAAAGGAUGAAUUGGUUACGGGAUAAUGAUUUGGAAACUGAAAGUAUUUGGACUCAAUACAAUAAUGCGUUCUAUUGGGCCACAAUGACAAUGGUUACAGUUGGAUAUGGAGACAUUACACCAAGGAAUAACUAUGAAAUGACCUUUGCCAAUGUAGCUAUGUUUUUUUCAAGUUGUGUAUUUGCUUAUUCGAUGAAUGCAAUUGGUAUUUUACUGAAAGGAUUCAAUGAUGUCAAAUAAAAUUACAAAAGAAAGUCUGUAAUCAUAAUGAAUCAAUACAUGAAAUCAAAUAAUAUUGACGAUGAAAUCCAGAACAAAGUUAGAAACAAUCUAAAAUAUUUAAUAUAAAAUUAGGAAGGUGAUAAUAUCGAUGCAAACAAAUUAGUUAAUAAAUUAUCAAUAGGACUUUAAUAAGAAUUGUAGGCAGAUUUACUUGAAAAGAUUAUUAAGAAUAUAAAAGUGUUAUCCUGCAAUUUUAGUAAAUAAAUUUUACAAGAAAUCCAGGGAUUAGUAAAGAUAGUCUAAUUUUCACCAGGAGAGUUCAUUCAAAAGAGUGGAAGUGUAUUAAAUGAAGAUGAGAUAUUUUUAUAUUAUAUAAUGAAAGGGAAUGUGAACUUUAUUUCAAAUACCACAAAUUCAUUGAUUUACAAAUUAGGAGCAGGAGAAACAUUUAAUUAAUAUCAAUUUUUUACUGGUUUUGGUGAUUAGAAAAUUGAUAUUAUAAGUGAUGACUUCUGUCAAUUAGUUAAAUUGAACAAAUCCCAGUUCAUAAAAUUAAUAUUUGAAUCCAAAAGAGAUUGGGAAAUAUAUCAUUCCAUCAAAGAUAAUGCAGCUAAUAAUAAUGAUUUGAUUGACUUAAAUUACAAAUGCUAAUUUUGUCAAAGGAAUACACAUUUAAGACAAAGUUGUCCUCUGCUAACCUACUAACCCAAUAUACAGCAUAAAAUAAGAAAGCAAGAUUAAAAGAAGUAUGAGCAAAUUAGAUCUCAAGUGAGUAGAAAUUGUGUAAAAUUGAAUAGUAAAAUGAUUCUAGACGAAGUGAAAAUGACUAUCUAAUAAUAUAUGAUGAAUAAUAUCAAUGACUUUAAUGAUAAUCUUUCUAGGAAGGAAUCAAAAGUGAUUGAAUAGGACGAUGAUUAGUAAUUCAAAAAGAUUGAAUUUAUUUCAAGUACUCCUAUUUAGAUUAACAACCCUUCAGCUAAGAAAGCAACUAUAAUUUAGAAUCUGGGGAGUCAAAAUUACAUACGAAGUAAGCUUCCAGCUGGUACUCCAUUAAGAGCAAAUAAUCAAUUGAAAUUUCAUAAAUAAACGUCCCAUCAAAAUUCAACAAAUCAAUCAUAACCAAUAGCAUCUCAAACUAAUGUGUAACCGGCAAUUUAAUUUAGGAUGCUCGAUCAUGUUUUCGACUCUAUGAAGUUUACUUAUAUUAACAUUGAUAAAAUGCAUAAUUAUAUCAAUUAUUUACCUCACAACAAUUUACGACGGAUUUUGAUUCAGAUGGAUGCUUAAAAUUAGCAUCUCAAAGAAACAUCUAAAGGGUUGAUCAAAAUUGAUAAAUCUCUUGGAUUCACUGCCAAAUUGAAAAGUGGGAAACAGAGGAGCAACAAUGCUUUAAAAUAAAGUUAGCCCAAUAUCAAGGCUUGA